CCUAUAAGCAUUUUUUUGUAAAUGGCCGCAGCGUGUUUUAUGAAAAAUUGUAUUUUAAGCAACUAUACAUUUGCAAUUAUCACUAUUAUUUAUUAGAAACUUAAUUUAAUCAAACAUGGAUAAUUCGCUUGAUAAUGAAGAGUUUGAUGUAGUCGUUCUCGGCACCGGCCUCAUUGAAUCCAUUAUUGCCAGCGAUAUUGCUGCCGCCGAUAGAAAGGUUCUCCACAUCGACCGCAAUCCGUACUACGGCGGAAACUUUGCGUGCUUCUCACUGUCCUCAUUUUUUCAGUGGGCUGUGCAACACCGCGAUGUGCGACAGACACCCCGCGUAGAGGUCAUUCUGGGCGACGCCAGCCAGAAAUCAUCGUCAACCCUUGUCAUUGACCGGGCGCUUUCCAGUAUUGAUGUGCCUUGUAACAGCGCGAGCUUACUGCUUCAAGCUUUGGGGCCAUACAGCACUGGUAGCCAAGAUUUUGACAGUGAAAGGUACAGGGCACUGCUCGAAAGGCUGCUGGCCAAUGAUCGCAAGUACUCGAUCGAGCUGGCACCAAAGUUGUCCCUGUGUCGCGGCGACAUGAUCGACUUGCUGGUUGACCUGGGAAUUGGCGAGUACGUACAGUUCAAGGGCCUCGAGCACAACUACCUUGUGCGCAACGGCGUGCUCGAGCGCGUGCCUGACUCGAAGGAAGACAUUUUUGCCAGCAAGUCGCUGAGCCUUAUUGAGAAACGCAAACUCAUGCGGCUGAUGACAGUUAUCAGCGAUGACGACGAGUGUGACAAGCUGCUUGACGAAGCGACACAGGACAGUUCUGACUUUGUUUCAUUUAUUCAGACAAAGUUCAAACUUGAUGGCAAGCUUCUCGAUGCUGUUGUUUAUGCCGUUGCUCGUGUGGGUGCAGGCGAGAUUCCGAGUGCGCGUGACGGGUGCGAGAGCGUCAGGAAAUACGUCAGGUCAAUGGGCCGGUAUGGCCGCAUGGCGUAUUUGUGCGCAAUGUAUGGUGGUGGCUCCGAGAUGGCGCAGGCAUUUUGUCGCCUGUGCGCAGUGUCGGGCGGCACAUACAUUCUGGGCGAGGAUGUCGAGGUAUCUGGCGGCAAGGACGGUGGAUUUAACGUGCGGCUGCAGAACCACGGCACUGUGCGCGCCAAGAGCGUAAUCAUGGCUUCCAGCUAUGCAAAUGCGAGCGCGGCAACAAACGAUAGUUUGGUUAUUUCUCGGGCGUUUUGCAUUCUGGACCAGCCUGUUUUGGGCGAUGACACCAGCGCUCUGCUCAGCUACAUUGGCAAGGAUGGCGAGCAAACUGUGUCGCUGCUCUAUUUGACCCAAGCUACUAUGGCCACGCCACUGGGUCACAGCAUCUUGUACGCCUGGGCCCCGGGCCAAAUAGCAGAUAAAAAGGAGCAACUUAACAAGGCCAUGCAGGCAGUUAUCCACAGUUCUGCAUCCGGUGCUACUCCGCUGCUGACUGUGUUCUUUGAGAUGCGCGAACUGGCUGUUGGUCGCGAAAGCCCCAUUGUCACUGGUCUUCCAGAUGCCACAGUUGAUUUUGACAGCACGGUCAAAGAUGCACGGCGAAUUUUGUCUGGCUAUUUUAGCGGUCAGCAAAAUUAAAAUUAAACGGUCAAGUACAAGGUAUGGCUGCUUUGCUCAGGAAUAAAUAGAACUUGUGGGAAAAUGUGUAAAUUAAAACUGAGAGGGUAUAAAAAAAUGAAUUAAUAGUGUUAUAAGCGGCAUCACCCUUUUUAAUUUAUAGUCUUUAAUAAAAAGAGCGCAC